CCCAUGAUCUAAUUUGGGAAAAUUGGUAAACAUCUGAUGUUAUUUAAUAUUAUAAUUUAGUAAAAUAACUAUUGUAACGUGAGAGAAGGAAUACAGUCGCAUAAAUAUGUCAAAAGAAGAGUAUGUUCAUGGAAAUGGAGAGACUUUAGAUUGCGAGGAAUCACCUGCGAAACAAAAAUUAAGGGGAUGGCUGAAUCGACAUUUGCGAAUUAAAAUGACAGAUGGUAGAGUAUUAACAGGUGCAUUUCUCUGCACCGAUCGAGAUGCUAAUGUAAUUUUGGGAUCAUGUAUAGAAUUUUUAUCUGAAGAUCACACAGAAGCAAGAGCUCUUGGAUUAGUAAUGGUACCUGGUCGACACAUUGUGACUAUUCACUUAGAUGUUUGAAUAAUUCUUUUUAAAAUAUCAUGUAAAUAAUGCGUUAUUAUCAUUAUUACAAUAAUAGAGUAAAAUCAUAACCCAUUAUUUCUCUAUCUUCCACAUUAUAGACAUCUUAUACUUUUUCCAAUUAUAUAAUAAUAUAAUUUUACAAUUUUUAUCUUCAUAGGAAUAUUCCUCCGACAAGUUAUUUAUAUUUUUCAAGAUUCCUUAGUAUUUAUUAUACAUUCCUGCUGUAUAUAAAAAUAUUCUUUUUCUAAUUCUUGAUUAUUAUAUAUCUCUUUUUCUACAUUUUUAAUUGCAUCAUGUAUUCUUUGACUGAGGGUAGAACAUAAGCUAUUCAUUCCAUAUGUGUAACAUAUAUCGGUAGUUGAAUCAGCCAUUUUACGUACAAGCUGCAUAAAACUAAUAAGUUGCUAAAAGAUAAAACAAUUAAAAGAACUUAUAAAAUAUGAUCAUAAUUAA